AUGGAGUUCGGUGUUGCUAAUUUUACUCUCGCUUGUGGGUUAGACAGGCACACGCUGGCCAAGCUAGAUCGCGGCUGUGGAGCUGCUGUGGAAAUUCCAUUGAUUAAUAUGCAUGAUGGCAUGAGAGUAAAUGAGAUGAAACUUGACGGCAUGGUUCUGCCGUUGCUGAAAUUUCAUGGAAAAGCUGGGUGGCAGGUGGGGAGACCGUUGAAGUUCAACCCUGCCAGGGCCCAGAUCACGGUUUCCAGAUCACAUCCAAUGGAUACUGGGUAUAGCAUCAAGUGCACCCCGACGAUCAGCAGCACUUUAUCUACCUCGAUCACUCAUGGUAUCAUUUCGAGCCUUCAGCCCAGCAUCGCGAUUCCACUUUUUGGACCCGACCGAGCUUCGUUCCUUACUUUCCCCUCCCCUUCUUCUGGAAGUUCAAGAAGAGUUGUUGAGUUGAGUGACAUAUUUGCCAUCUGCGGGCCAGAGCCAGUCAACCGUCGAGGGCUUUCCUUUGGAUUUGCAGCCGCCAGUGGCUCAGCCGCCUUGUCUCACCCCUACGUCCACCUGUCGGAAUUACUCGCUGCGACCAGUGACCCACGCUGCAUCACGACCGCUGUGUCUGAAUUGACGGCUGUACGAUCAAUUUGA